GUAAAACGGUAGUCGUAAGUCUGAACGUUUUCUUUUUCUCUCCGUCUCCAACAAACAAAAAAAUACUUUUUGUGCAAGCUAAGCGCUCUAGUGGCUAUUGCGUCUUAACAUUUAAAUUUGCUUGAAAACCAAAGAUAAAACAUAUAAUUAAUAAAUAAAACAUGUGCAUGAACUCUUGAGUGAGUGAUUUAUUUGAGUUAAAAUUGUUUGUCGGAUCAUGAUGUCUAUAAUCGUAGAAGUAAUAGAAAAAUAACUGACCACAAUGGUUUCGACGAGGCAAAUGAGUAGUAUAGGCAGCAGCAAUGGUGGCGGCGAUGGGUCAGGACCAUCUCACGCGGAACCGGUGACGGUGGCCCGUGUGACACGGCACUCGAGCGCCUUGCUCCCCGGGGGCUCCUCUCCGCAUGCCGGUUCUUCUAAAAAUACAUUGGCACCGCCACCCAAAGUAUUUACCACUAAUUUCCUUGAUAUGCCUACUGAAGUCGUGGAAAAGAUUUUUCGCAUUUUGGGAUUCAAAGCAGUCGCGCAACUGAGAUUGGUCAAUAGGCAGUUCAAUACAAUUUGCAGUGGUUUAUUAAAUUCAACAUUCCAACGUCUACAAAAUCAGAUGCUGCAUAGAUUUCAGUCGAUAAAAGCUAAAAUGCCCCGAAGGGAGUCAGCCCGUCGAAGCCAUCCAUUAGCAUGUGAAUCAGAUAUCAUUGAAACAUUACAUAUGAGAUUAAGUCUAUUGCAAAUGACUUUUGGGAAGCAUAUUGAAAGAAAACACUGCUGUUUUUUUCCUGGAGAGAUACUGGAUGAAGUGUAUGGCAUUCUAUCAUAUUUAAAAACGGCAACUAAGUUGGCGAGGCCUUAUAAAGUAACGGAUGAGCUGUUUGAUUUAACUACAAUGGCAAUGGAAUAUUUUAAAGAGCACAUUGAACCUAAUUUGCCUGAAAUUACGUACUUUGGUACUGAUUUCUUUGAUAUUACUAAUGCAUUUUCACCUGGUGAGAGUAGCAAGUCGUAUUUAUGCCUGGACUCGCCGCCGCCGAGCGGGUUCGAGUCGCGGUCAGCGGCGCCGGGCGGCAGUAGUGCGGGCGACCGCGACACCUCCGUCAUGAACCCCUACCUGGAGGAGAGUCUGCCGCCUUCGCCACCACCGCCGCAGAGCAACAUGGUGCUCCGGAAACGGAUACAUCGCAUCAAACAGGGCAUGAAGAAGUACAAUGACCAGCUGUCGGCAUUGCGCACGGACCUGCGCAGCUGCAAGCGCAAGACCGCCCUCCAGCAGAAGCAGAUUGCUGAGCAACAGAAACAGAUCGCGGAGCAGCAGAAGCAGACGUUGGAAUACGCUAACCGCCUUGACGACUAUGACAAGAAAAAUGAAGAGACAAGUCGGAAGUUCCAGACUUUGUUGCAGGAGUUAAAUAAAUGCAAGACGGAGCUGCAGUACUGGCGGUCGCGGUCUCCGGCCGUGCCGCCGCUGUGCGCCGAGUGCGGAGCUUCGCUGCGGCUCUCGCCCGCCGCGUUAGACCAGUGGGCCGCCGCGGAGACGGAAACAAAUGAGACGGCAACAGCGGGAGGCAGCAAAGACGCGGCGGUUACACCGGCGGUUACCGAGCCCGAACCUGUCACCGAGAUCCCCUUGAAGAACGAGCAUAAAUCUGAAGCCAGCAGCGGAGAGGAGAGCACCAACACUCCGCCCACACGCAGGAGGGCUUCUGCAGACGCCACCGCCACUCCCGACCGCAAGAAACGUCGUCUUACCCGCCCCAGGAAACUUUAAACAGAGGUAAUUUACACCCGUACAUAUGCAACCUAUAGAUACCUAAUCCGGAGUAUAAAAGUCAGGCAAAAAGAAGGCCUACGGAGACCUUUUAUUCAGAUAAAUUUGGGAAAGCAACUCCUGGUUAGACAUCAAACUUGUAUGAAAUACACCAUCUUUAGGUUAUAUAUGUAUGCUUGCUCCGGUAUACUGCUGUUUUGAUCACCUUGUAUACCAAUACUUUACAGCGAUUUUGGCUACACAUGUGGAAAAGUUAUUUCCAUACCAAUUUAUAAAGUGGUAUAACAUUUUACCCUUUGACUUUGUUUGCGUCAACAAUUCAUGCAUAAUAUAUUUAAAUAAAUAUGUAUUAUGAACAAUUGCAAAAAACAAUGUUUUAGUUUUAAAGUAAAUCAUCUUUUAUACAUAAUUGGCCUGAUAAAUAAAUGGAAUGUAUCAGUAGAUCCCAUUCUAUCCAAUUGGAAAAUUGUGAUUUUGUCUGUUUUACAAUUAAGUAUAAUUUGCUACAUCAAAUUCAAGGUUUCACCACAAAUUCAUGUACUAUCUUGGCUCCAACUAUCAGGAUAUUUUUUUUAUCUAAUAACGGUUAUCUUUUUAUACAGUUUGCUUUCAUAACUCCUAAAUAAUAGAUUGCUACAUUGUUUUUUGUGAAACUGUUUUCUUUUGCAGUUAAAAAAAAAUUUAAGAUGAUGGAUAGAAUAUUAACUUUUAUGAGUUUUU